AUGCAGCUUACGCCCAUCUUUGUCUCUUUGUUCGUCGCCAUGACAUUUGCCUCUCCAGUCCCAGAUCCUCAGGUCACUCGUCCAAACUGCCGUCUUGCGCGUAGCGCCGACGCUGAUCCCCAGAUUACUCGCCCGAACUGCCCUCUCCCUCGUGACGCCGGACCCGAUCCAAUUGUUAGAGGCAAAGACCCAGGUGGCCGCGGAGGUUCCGCUUUCUAG